GGGGGAAAGAUCGGUAUUUCUUGAAAAUUCAAAGCACACGGGGGCAAACAAGACCAGCUGGGCACCAACGUCGGAAACUCUUCAUCAUGGAGAGUGUGACCGAUAGAAGGGGGCAAAGCAGCCACUCCUGAUCUUUCUGUCUAACAAUCCAAGCCCUUUUUGCUUUUUCUCUCCCAAAUUUCUACUCUCCUUCUAGCUCUUCGACGCUGGCCUGAAAAGAAAACGCAAUCAAUCCCAGACCCCUGAAGUCCUCUUCUUUGCAGGGGAGAACUCGACCCUUCCUGUUUGUACCUCUGAUAAGCUUUGCCCCUCGAAUCUUCCAUCUUUCUGGAAAUAUUCUUCGGUAGUUUUCCGUCCCGAAGGCCAAGACGUUUCCUUUGCGAGAGUAAAAACGAGCUUCGUUUAGCCUUCUUUGUCAACUUCAAAGGCAAACCCUGCGCCGGAAAUAUAUCUAUUUUCGGGUUAUCUGGGUGUUUAGCACUGACGUUGCCACGAUGCCCAAUAAAAAAUCUACCUUGCGAAGCACUAUUCUCUUGUUACUUUUGCAGGUUUUGAAUUUGAUGAAUGUCGCUCAUGUGAGGUGCAAAUCUACAAUCGAGCCCUGCUCCAACUCUGACUCCUGCAAUGCUCUGCUCGGGUAUACCCUCUACACUGACCUAAAGGUCUCUGAGGUGGCUUCUCUCUUUCAAAUUGACCCAAUUGCUCUUCUGACUGCCAAUGCCAUUGACAUUUCUUAUCCCGACGUGGAGCAUCACAUUCUUCCCUCCCGGCUCUUCCUCAAGAUCCCUAUUGCUUGUUCGUGUGUUGACGGAAUUCGCAAAUCGGUGUCGACCCACUACAAAACUCGGCCCUCUGACACUCUCUCUUCGAUUUCGGAUUCGAUAUAUGGUGGUCUGGUGUCUGCUGACCAGCUUAGGGAUGCCAAUUCGAUAAGUGACCCUUCGGUACUGGAUGCAGGUCAGAAUCUUGUCGUGCCGCUUCCAUGCACUUGCUUCAAUGGUACCGAUAACUCUUUGCCUGCAAUCUAUCUGUCGUAUGUGGUCCAGCCAAUCGAUACUUUGGCCACAAUUGCGGCGAGGUACUUUACCACUCUGACUGAUUUGAUGAAUGUCAAUGCCAUGGGAAGUUCAGCUAUCAACGACGGUGAUAUUCUCGCUAUACCGAUACCCGCUUGCGCAUCAAAUUUCCCAAAAUAUGCCUCUGAUCAUGGUUUGCUUGUCCCUAAUGGAAGCUACGCCAUCACAGCAGGUCACUGCGUGCUAUGUAGCUGUGGGCCGCGAAAUUUAAAUUUAUACUGUAUGCCUGCUUCUCUGGCUGUAUCUUGUUCCAGCAUGCAAUGUAAAAGAAGCAAUCUCAUGCUCGGAAAUGUUACAGCGCAGCAGAAUAGUGGUGGUUGCAGUGUUAGUUCUUGCAAUUAUGAUGGUUUUGCUAAUGGCACUAUAAUAACAGCAUUGUCUACAUCUCUUCAACCUCGAUGCCCAGGGCCGCAACAAUUUCCUCCACUUACAGCACCGCCUACUUCUGUUGCGAGGGAUUCAGUAUUUGCACCAGCACCAGCACCAGCACCUCUGUCAGAUGGAGCCGGUAAAUCAUCACCGAAAUCAUCAGCUGUGCCAAGGUCGUUCCCAGGGUCCCAACCUGCAAAUGGCCCUAUUAGUGGGCUUACUUCUGGUGCUUCCGGUGCUUGCUCCUUGGUGAAUCCACUACCUGCUUUGACAUCUGCGCUUGUGUUUUUGCUUGUCAAGUUGAUGAUCUCCAUGGCAUUGUAAUUUGUAAUCUCCGCAGUUUUGAGCCGAGAUGGUGGGUUUCCCCUGCCUGUCAGUUUCAAUGAUCUAUCUUUAGUUACAUUUCCUUUUCUUUGGCUGUAUUUGUACCAAACGGUCUCCAAAGUGAUUAUUAUUAAAACUCAACGAAUUUAGUGACCAAACCCUUGGUGAAUGGAAGUUGGCCUCUGUAGCCUGCAGUGUGGUCAACUUCAGAGUUCAGAGGUAUUUGCUCAUGUUGCUGCGAACUUCCUGUAUAUUUCUUUUAUUGAAAGUACACUUAAGUUCGUUUUUCUUA